AUGAAGGGGACUUAUAUAACAACAGAGGUGCGAAUGCAACAAUACCUGGAAAAGGUACGUGAAUUAGUCAGACAAUUUCAAUCGUGGAAGGCUGUUCAAAUAACCAGGGAGGAGAACGCAGAAGCAGAUGCAUUGGCCAAUCUCGCGUCUGUUAUGGAAGUAACAAAUGUAGAAAAUGCUAUUGUAAUACAUUUGUUUCAUUCAGCACUCGAUCAAGACAAGAGUGAGGAAAUCGUGUGUGACAACAGCCCGCGAUUCAUAUGCGCAAAAAUCAUAGAGUUCUUUCAGAUCUGGCCGAUUAAACGAGUUACAUCUGCGCCUCAGCAUCCCGUAGCUAGUGGACAAGCUGAGUCAACAAACAAAGUUAUUAUUAAUAUCUUGAAGAAAAGAUUAGAGGAGUCAAAGAGUAAUUGGCCAGAAGUGUUACUAGGAGUAUUAUGGGCUUAUCGAACAACACCAAAAAUAAGUACGACCGAGACUCUAUUUUCGCUCGUCUAUGGCACUGAAGCCCUAAUUCUAGUUGAAAUAGGUGAAACAAGUAUGAGACACACACAUGCUACUGAGAAAGCAAAUGAAGAAGAAAUGUGGGCGAGUUUGGAUUUAUUAGAGGAAAGGAGGGAAGCUGCGCUAAUAAGGAUGGCGGCUCAAAAGCAGAUGAAUGAACGAUAUUACAAUAGGAAAGCAAACCUGAGGUACUUCAAGAUUGGAGACUUCGUCCUCAAAAAGGUAUUUCGGUCAACAAAAAUGGCUAAUGCGGGUAAGUUAAGUCCAAAUUGGGAAGGCCCUUAUAAGGUUCGAGGCGUCGCUGGAAAAGGGGUGUAUGAGUUGGAAACCAUGGAUGUCAGCAUACUACCAUCACAUUGGAACGCUGCUCAUUUGAAGAAGUAUUAUUUCUAG